AUGGCGUUAUACGUGAAAGCGUUCUCGUUGGUUCUGAAAACAGUCUCCAAACCGAUGGCGAAAUCGUUGAAAUCCUUCAUCGUCAGUCAACCAGAGCUGAAAAAGACGUGCAUUUCCUUGGCGCAGAAAAUCAACGUCAUGUAUUCGUACAUCGUGUUAGAAGCGCCGAUACCACGAAAACCAGCGACGACGACGGUGAUGGAUACAAAAAGUGGGAAACCGUUAGAGAUUGUGGUGACCAGAGGUCGGAGUAAAUCGUCCUCCGGAGCGUCUUCGUCUUCGCACCACCAAUACGUGAAACCUUUGUCGGACGACGUCGCCUUGACGAACGGAGCGGAGUUAGUGUCGGAGAUCUUUCUCUUUUCCGUCGCCGGAGGGUUGGUGUAUUGGGAAGCCGAGAAAUCGAACGAACGCGAACGUGAGAAGAAAAAAAUAGCCGCCGUGGAAAGGCAACAGCUGACAAAGUUGAUGGAGUUAACGAAAGAGAGUUUAGAAGACGUGGUCGAAGAGUUGGAGGAGUUGAAGAGAUGGAGAGAGACGGUGAGAGAGAAGAACUAUAAGGAUUUCGUCGAAAAAGCAGCGUUUGAUGAUAAUAAUAAUGAUAAUAGGAGUAGCAGAACCGACGAGACUGGCUGA